AUGGAUGAGAUGUGUGAGCUGGCGGCGGAUUCCCUCGAAUGGGUUUCCGGCUGGUCGGCUUCGCUGCAUGUCAAGCACCGGAUGGGAUCUAUAUCAACGGCGGUCCUCGGCAAAUGCCUCGAUCAACUCCCGCGAAACCUGCGGUCCUAUGUCGAUAACCUCCCGGCAUCCAACCAGACUCUUGCUCCGCGGCCACCCAUCACCAUGCCCUUCCUCGUCCAGUCUUUCACCAGGUUCCCCGACCUCCCGGCCGAGCUCCGUCUCAAAAUCUGGGACGAGGCCGCCGCCGGGCCCUCGAUGCACAUCUUCGACGUCUGCUUCCCCUCCUGGCGCAGCAGCGGGCGUAGUGAGCGCGCGUUCCAGUCGGCCGACGGUACCAUGUCGCGGAGCAAUCACGACAGGUGGACAAAGUACCGUGAGUGCGUUUUCCUCGACACCAUCGAGGCCGGGCCGGCGGAGCUAGCAAGGCAGACGAGCGUCGCGAGGCACGUGUACGACCCGUCCGUUUACAGAAUGCGCCAGACCAUGCGGUUGGUGUGCUCCGAGGCAUCGGCAGCGGUGGAGAGGAGGAUGAGAGAGAGGGGGACCAACACCGUCUACCUUCCAGGCCGGAACGAGAAGAUGCAGUACAACAACGACGAGGACGUGCUUUUCUUGCGGUUCCGGGACGGCGGGGCGAUUACGGAUCUCAGCCACGGGGUGAUCUUCGGCGAGUUUGAGGCAUCCGGGAUGAACGGCCUCACCGAGGUGCUCGAGGGCCCCUGGAGCGCUGAGAUGGCAGAGACGCUGCGUGACGCGCGGUGCAUUGCCCUGGACGUGGCGGAGACGUGGGUGCCGUCGGCAGUCGGCGCGGUUCUCUCUGAAGAGGCGACCUAUCUGGCUUGCUGUCUGCACCAAGGCCUUCGAGUGUUGUACCUGGUCGACCACUGCCACGGACGCUGCACGCGGUGUGAACGACACGGCACCACGUCCGACCAGCUUCAGACCCGCGGAGUUCUCUAUCGGCAGCUUCACCGUCAGGGUACAUACGAAGAAAACGACGAUGGUGCUGUUAUGGCCAGGACGCCGGAUGUGAUACAGGGCGUGGGGAAGACGUAUCGCGAGGUGUUCGACUUUGAGGGUCUCGGGUGGUCUGACGCUCACCCGCACUACGCGUUUGCGCGGGCCAUGGACGAGACGAUACGAAGCCAGCAGGCGGAUGCAGACAAGCAGGAUUUCCAGGGGGUGAGGGUGCUGCUGGUUGAAGACGAGGUGGUCGAAGGGGUGGAUACAACCAUGUUGAUGGACUGCGGUCUGGGUGGCGGCGCCUCGGAACGGAAUGCCAGAGAAGUCAGGAACAUGAGUUUCCGAUGGUUGGCCUGA